GCACCAAAUAACUCCCAGGGCGCAUCACUUCUGAACUCAUACAUCUCAUUCUUCAGCUCCUACGUUGCCGCUGCAUUCGAUCUGAUCAAUCGCACAGAAACCCUCAAAAUCCGGACUGGGCUUACACACGGACGAAUCACCCGUCGGCCUUUCCCUAGCCUACUUCCCCAAUCUAGCAUCAAUAAAAGAACCCCUGCAUUUACCAUCACUACAAAACUCUGAAGCACGCCCUCGAAAGCGGUCCUGGCGCGUACUCUCGACUAUCCAUCCAACAAAAAGCGGUCCUGACGCUUGUCCCAAAACAUACACAUCUCGUUUCAUCUAGCACAGUUACGGCAGGAGAGAUGUCGGUCUUUAGAAAAGGAGCCAGGGCCCUUAUCACGGGUGGCGCUUCUGGCAUCGGGCUGGCUGUUGCGGAACUCUGCGUCAAGAGCGACAUGAGUGUUUCGAUUGUAGACUUCAACCAGGAAACGCUGAGCCUGGCGGAGAAAACUCUAAAGGGAGAUGUAAAGUUUAUCAAGGCUGACGUGAGCAGUGUAGAGGACUGGAAGAAGAUCAGUGAAGAAGUAAAAGAGGUGGAUUUUUUGAUGUUGAAUGCUGGUGUCGGCGGACAAGGGACAUGGGGGGACGGAACAUACUUCCAGAAGAUUCUCAACACCAACCUCUUUGGCGUGAUCAAUGGACUAAACGCUUACGUUCCAUCAUUCCAAUCUCGCAGCGACGAUGCUGCACAAGCCGCCAUAGUUAUCACCGGCAGCAAACAAGGCAUCACCAACCCCCCAGGAAACCCCGCGUACAACGCCAGCAAAGCCGCCGUGAAGUCCCUCGCUGAGCACCUAAGCUUCGAUCUCAAGGAUAAAAAGAAUGUAGACGUGCAUUUGUUGGUACCAGGGUGGACUUUCACGGGAUUGUCCGGCAACACACCCGGUACAUCAAAGCCCAAACCCGACGGCGCGUGGACCCCCGCGCAAGUAACCUCCUACAUGCAACCGGCAAUGCAGAACCACAAAUUCUACAUCAUCUGCCCGGACAACGACGUCGAUGAGGCAACAGAUAAAAAGCGGAUGCUGUGGAGCGUGGGGGACGUUGUCGAAGGGAGACCGCCGCUUACAAGGUGGAGAGAGGAGUGGAAGGGCGAGGCCAAGGAGUGGAUGGACAAGAACUGAAGGGAGGGGGAUGAAUGAGGUAACGGUUGGUGUGCUAUCAGAUAGAUAUGCGUUCUGCCGUAGAAUGACAAAUAUUGAGACAACUAGAUUUGGAAAUGAAGACACAUAUCUAAUAGGCCUAUCUAGCAUGAUAUCGUGCACAAUGCUGUGUCGUAGAAUACUCUAAUCGCAGAACCACUAUCCCAUGCUAUGUGUCUAUCUCGUGGACCGAGCUGUCACAAUGCAUCGUACCACCCCUCUGUAUACCUAACCUAAGAUUCUUGCUUCGUUGUUAAUGUAGCCCGCGCCCAUCUCUAGGUAAAUCGACAUACUUGCACCACAUUCAAUCGAGAUGAAGAUAUAGCUUUACAAAUCUACACUUAUCCAACGCUAACAGUGGCGUUGAUCUGGCAUCCAGCCCCAGCUUCAGCCUCACGUUAAGCUUUGGGCCUGCGAAGUGCUAGACCUAGCUGCCGUACACUGUCCAUCUCCCAGCCACUUCCAACCUUUUCCAUCUUGAGCUAGCAAACGAAGGCGCUCUAGCAUCUUCGCUCAGUGCGGGGAACCGAAAGAGUAGUAGCUCUGGGGAAGACAGACAGAUUUCUCGUAUUUUCCAUGAGUUGCUGUGGAAAAUGUUGUCGUUCGUGUUGUGAAUCUUCUUAUUAGAGAUAUCAUGGUUAAUGUUCUUGGUCGCC